AUGUCAUUUACGCUGAGCAUUCAGCAGGGCCCCGCGCGCAUUGCGCAGCAGCGGCUGCUCCCUGCACUCUCGAAAUCUGCGUUCCGGACGUCGAUGCGAAGCUUCCACCACCAGACCCCCAAGCCCGCCAGCGCCUUCUUCACCUCUCGCGUGGCAUCAGCGACGACUCGCCAUGGCUUCGCGCGAUCAUACUACCAGGAUGCCUCUACCCGACACCAGGCGGCGGCGAGCGGAACAGGGCUGCGAAAGCUGCUCGUCGGAGGCGCCAUCUUUGGCGGUACGCUGGUUGCCAUCAAUGCCGUCUUCAACCGCGAGACGAGAGAGGAUGGGGGAAUGCCGCUGUUUGAGCGGGAGUAUCUGAAUAACACAUUUUUGCACACGGGCCUCGGCGUUGGCAUCAUCGGUUUGACGGCGAGACAGAUGGUGCAGACUGGGUUUGUGUACCGACUGAUGGUGACGAACCCGUGGGUUGUUGGCCUGGGAGGAUUGGCGCUCAGCUUUGCUACGAUGAUUGGAACUCGAUCCAUUAGCCCCGACAACUACCUUCCCAAGUACGCUCUCUGGACUGCUUUCAACGCCACCCAGGCCGCCUUUGUCGCCCCUCUGCUGGCCUUUGUCCCUGGUCCUCUGCUCGCCCGUGCCGGUCUCUACACCAUUGCCAUGAUGGGUUCGCUGUCCGUCGUCGGUGCCACCGCCAAGCAGGAGAAGUACCUGUACAUCGGCGGACCUCUGCUGGCCGGUGCCGCCAUCGUCGCCGCCUCUGGUCUUGCGCCUCUUGUCAUCCCCGCCACUGCCGUCCGAACACUGGCCUUUACUGAGAACAUCUGGCUGUACGGAGGUCUCGCCGUCUUUGGCGGCUUCACGCUGUACGAUGUGCAAAAGGUGCUGCACCACGCUCGCCUUGCGCAAGCCGGAGUGAUGAAGCGGGAUCCCGUCAACGAGAGCAUCUCGCUGGAGCUGGACUUUUUGAACAUUUUCAUCCGCAUGGUGCAGAUUCUGAUGCUGAACCAGAACAGGAGGAAAUAG